AUGAGCGACGCCGAAAGCGAUGAUGGCAAGCGGGCGUCCAAGAAACGCAAGGCCAGCCGCGCCUGCGAUCGGUGUAACGUUCAGCACCAGCCGUGUGACAAUGCAUCACCCAAGUGCAGUGUCUGCGAACGCGCUGGCACCGACUGCACCUACAACAGACCCAUUCGCAAACGUGGUCCACGUACUGGCUACACCGCACAGCAUGGAGAACGCUUGUGGGGGCUGAUCUUGAGUGCAAACCCGGACCUCGAGGAUAUAGUCCUUCAGAUUCUUGCUAGUGGCACAUAUGGGAACACUGGAAUUCCAAAUGCCGACUAUUUCAGGAAUAACGAUCAUCAGUCAGAGCUGGUUAACAAUUUCAACGAGAGCCGCCUCGGUCGCUUCGUCCAGCAUGGCGAGCUGCCCAGCCUAGAUGAGCUUCGGAAAAACCAGGUGGCUGCACGAGCCGCCGCUCAUCUGUCGACUGCCAACAAUGUCCCCCACGGUAUCAGUCAUGGCCUGAGCGACGUUGGAUCACUUAAAGGGCCCCGUUCCAGGCGCAGCACCAUUUCGGCGGCGUCAAGGCCAUCACCCAUCGUGAACCCUCAUGGCGCUCCUCAAAACCCGGGUGAUAUAUACACUCUUAGUGACGACAUUCGGAAACGUUCAUUUCAACAAGAACCCGGGGAAGGCAGCCAGACGCUGGGACCUUCGCCUCAUGCCGUUGCUCAGACUCCUGACUGGAACAGUUUUGCAGGAACUGGGAAUGGUAACAGUACAGCAGCCUUUGACUUUAUGCCUGAUAGUUUUACACAUGAUUACGGCUCUCUAUUGCGGACUCCUGCCCCGAAUGGAGGAAGUAUUUCAGCAACCCACAACUCCAAUGCGUCUACCAGCAUCUCCAAGGGCCCCGAGGCUUCGCUGACGAGUGCAAAUAUUGCCGGCCUACAGUCAGGCUCGCAAAGCGUCGACUUUGACUUUCCAGAUAUCAACCAAUGGUAA